CUUUCAAAAGGAGCCACUCGUGUCUAUAUGAGCCGCCUUGAUCCUGUAUAUAACGUUGGGAGAGAAAUCAAGAUCUGAGAAGUUUCACCUUUCUUCAACCCCUCUUGCUCUAUUAUAAUUUAAUAUCUUCUAGAGAUUCUUCUCGUGCCAACCCAUUUAUUUUUCUCGCAGGUUUCAUGUCAAUUCUGUUUGUGUCCGAGGUUUGCCAAGUUUUGUUUUUUAUUUUCUGAAAUCUCAUUAAUAUAUUGUUCAGACAUUCCCAUUUUGAGAUUUUAUCUGUUAGGAAGAGGUCCUUUUGCUUCUGAAUGAGAGUGUCCAAUGAAAGUUUGGUCCUUGAUGCAUAAUUAAAUUGUUCUAUUGAGUGGUGGCAAGUCAAAAAGGUCUCGGCUUUUUCGUAAGAGAAUAUUGUUUUUUUUAGUAAGAUUAUAUAUGGUGUUGUUGCUAUAUUUAAAUUAAAGAACCUGCAAGGCCCUGUGUGCUUCUUGUUUCAGCAUUGCCAUAAUCUUCUUCUUCUUCUUCUUCUUUUUCUUCUUGUUCUUCUUCUCAUGGCUCUUAUGUUAGGCUAUGAUCCUUGUUCCCAUUUAAGUAGGGCCUUUUCCCAUUUUCCUUCUGUUUCUUCCUCUGAGGCUAACAGAAACGUUGGAUUCACUCUUAAAGCCUGUUUUGAUGCCAAUAGCGGUGAUAAUGCCAAUAGGGUCUUUGUGAAGGAAAAGAAAAAACCCAAUGGUUUUGCAUGUGUUCCUCACCCUCCCUUGUUAGGUGGUUUAGAGAAGGGUAUUGAUGUUGAAGAUAGAUCUUUGGGUGGAAGUCCCACCAAACCCUUUUGUUUCUCUGAUCAACAAUUGCCCCAGAAACUUGUUGUUGCUGUUGAUGUUGAUGAAGUAUUAGGAAACUUUGUGUCAGCUCUGAACAAGUUCAUAGCAGAUCGAUACUCAUCAAAUUGUUCAGUUUCUGAGUAUCACGUGUAUGAGUUCUUCAAGAUAUGGAACUGCUCACGUGACGAAGCAAAUACCCGUGUUCAUGAGUUUUUUGAGACACCAUACUUCAAGUCAGGGAUCCAACCUAUCCCAGGUGCUCAGACAUCCCUGCAGAAGUUAUCAACAUUUUGUAGCCUAUCAGUUGUAACAUCUCGGCAAAAUGUAAUCAAGGAUCAUACACUUGAGUGGAUAGAGAAGCAUUUUUCAGGAUUGUUUCAGGAGAUUCACUUUGGAAACCACUUUGCCCUUGAUGGGAUGUCUAGACCAAAGUCGGAGAUUUGUAGGUCUAUAAAUGCUACGGUUCUCAUUGAUGAUAACCCAAGAUACGCCAUAGAGUGCGCUGAAGCCGGAAUUAGAGUCCUACUUUUUGAUUAUGAAAACUCGUACCCUUGGUCCAAGACCAAUUCAGCUGAUGAGCAUCCCCUGGUGAUCAAAGUUAAGAACUGGGAAGAAGUUGAACAACAAUUGAUGUCAUUGGUAGCUUUGUAGUUACUAAAAUCCUGCAGCAAGGAUUUGUUAAAAGCACUCUUAUUAGAUUAAGUAGUGGAUAGUUUCUUAUGCCUGAAAUAUCUAAUUAAGACACCAUAAAGGUGAAAUUAGGGGAAGUAACUGCAAGAAGUUAUAGUCCUGUUUGGAAAAAUAUAAAAUUACCUGAUUAUAUUUUUUUUCCCAAUAUGAGAAGUAACAAACAGAAGUUUUUCACUGUGAGGGAAAUUAUCACGUAUUCCUAUAUGGAUCAUUAGGAAAGAUUUGUUUACAUACUCGAUGAAUAUUUAAGUGAAAUGCAUGUCAUAGGGUUCUAUCAUCAUCUAACAAAGCAUUCUGGACCAUCAAGUUCUUUAA